CAGAACAGAUAAUAUGAAACCAUAAUAUCAACACCUUAUCCAUCUCUCCUACGAGCUGCCAAUAGUCGAAAUGACGCCCGAGCAAUUCAAAUCUAUCUGGGAUAGAAUAUUUACCGGAAACCCAAAUGAAGCUCGUUCAUUCUGUGAAGAAGUUUUCAACCCCAACUAUGUGCGCUUGGAAGCUGGCAGUGACCGAACGGACUUUGAGCGCGCCGUCGAGAAAAUUACUUUCUUCCGCCAAAACUGCAGGAAAAUCAAUAGUUCCUUGCUAUUUUUCGCUUACGACAACAAGAAGCUUGCUGCACGACUAAUUUGUAAUUUUGCAAUGGGUGAGGAAGAGGAGAAGAAGAUUGAGGUUAUGAUUAUGGUGGAGCUUGACGACGAGGAGAAGUGGGUGUCUGCUUGGGAACUGAUCUCUCCAUAUUCGGGUUGAUUUUGGGGUCAAGUGCGACCGGAUACAUAUUUUGCUUUUGUUGGGGCGUGAGCCUGAAGCAUAUACCGGCUCAAUGUUCUAUUAUUAGAGGAAUGCGAAGUACUUGGUGAGAUUGUGAUACUGGUGUAUCCUCUUUCUACUACUUAGUUAUAAACCCGGAAUAUGUUCGGGGGUUACUCUUGGCAUAUUUGUUCAGCAAUGCACUACUUUAAUUUUUAUAGCGUGUUUCCGGCUAUUGCUACUCGAUUUCUAAAUG